AUGGUCUUAUUCAUGUUCCUGGGUAAAUCUCCAGAGAUCACUGUGCAUCUGGAAAAACAAACGCAGCCUAAGCAGCACGCCAUGACUAAACCGGUUGACUUUAUCGACAAAUUUCAGAUUUACGUGGUCUCGUUACCUGGACGUGGAGCACGCAAGGCUGAUAUGGAGAGACUUCGUGGAGCCCUAGGUCUACAGUGGAAAUACUACGACGCAACUUACUCCAACAGUGCUCUCAUUGGGAAGAUCCUUCACUGGGUUGAAAAUGUUCGAGCGAAGCUUCUGUCUGCCAUACCAUCUACAGACUCUGACGUCUCUGGAUCUCUCGGCAAUGACGACUCCUAUAGCGAUGGCGAUAUACAUGCAGAAGAUGUGUUAUUUUGGCCAGAAUAUUUAGAGGAUAUCGCACAAUCUAACCUCGAGAUCCCCCUCCUUGAUCCACUAAUUUGGGCUCAGCCAGUCAGGCGUCCACCCUAUGAGCCUCUUACGUGCAGCGAGCAAGACUUUUAUCUCCUCGACAAGGCGCCUGACGAGGUACCGGAAUACAAGCGACUGACUUCUGGGCGUGUCGCAUGCUGGCACUCACAUUUAUCGGUCCUGCACCUACAUGCAAACAGUUUACCAACUGCUUCUGGUAAAGGAAGUAUUGCGUUGAUUCUGGAAGACGACGUCGACAUGGAAAGAGAUAUCAUGCAGCAAAUGGAAUUCCUGUGGAAGGAUUUGCCGGAAGAUUGGGACAUGGUGUUUCUAGGUCAUUGCUGGUCAGACGAAACCCGGGGUAGUCUAAUCACAAAAGAAUCACCUACAAACGGAUCGCUCCCGACAUGGUCGAAAAUGUAUACCUCUACCGAUCCCAAAUGCACACAUGCCUACGCUGUCUCCCGCGCAGGCGCCCGGCGUCUACUGCUGCAUCUGACGCAUCCACCAUUUGCCUACUCACGCGCGAUUGACCAGGCUUAUGCGUGGCUUAUAGAGAGCAAACGGAUACAAAGCUUUUCUGUGGUCCCCAAUUUGGCCAUGCAGCGCAAAGUUACAGUGAGUGAUGUUAUGGAAGGGGGUACGGUGAACAAUCUCUGGAUAGACUCCCUGUUCAACAGUGUGUUAGACUCAUUGCAGGAGGAUUGA